GUCUCUUUCCCAACUCAUAAUUUAUCUUAAAAAAUAGUUAUGAAGAUUAUUUCUCUACUCUCGAGUCUCUUGGUGUCCAUAGUUUUCAUUAUUGUAUAUGAAUGUGAGGCCAUAAACAACGUUAUUAAAAGCUUCGACGAUAACUAUUUCACUACAUAUGGAUACGAUCAUCUCUUGAGACUCAACCAAGGACAAGAAGUUCAGCUUACAAUGGAUACUACUUCAGGAACUGGAUUCAUUUCGAAGAAAGGUUAUGGUUCCGGGUACUUCGAGAUGAAGAUUAAGACACCUCAAAGCCAGUCACCAGCAAUUGUCACUACUUUCUAUGUAAAUAUUUUCUUUCAUUUUUCCACCUUAUAUUGUGCCCAUAGUGAAUUGGACUUUGAAUUCUUGACCACACAAGGGCCUCCUUUCAAUUUACAGACAAAUGUUUACUCAAACGAUGAUGGAGGCAGAGAGCAAAUGAUUCAUCUUUGGUUUGACCCAAGUCAAGAUUUUCAUUCUUAUGGAAUUCUUUGGAACCAACAUCAAAUAGUAUUUUUUGUGGACAAUACCCCCAUAAGGGUGUAUAAGAACUGGACUAGUUCAGGUGUAAAUUAUCCAGGAAAUGAAAUGUUUGUAACAGGAAGUAUAUGGGAGGGAGUAUGGGCCUCAAAUGGAACUGGGGCAGAUUGGGCCAAGGCUCCCUUUCAGGCCCAUUAUGAAGAGUUUGAGAUUAAUGGCUGUGAAUAUGGAACAGCUGACUGCUCUACUCAAAGUGAUCAAUUUUGGUGGAACAAGAGUGACAAAUGGGUUUUAAACCCAAAACAAGAGAGUGAUUAUGAGAAUGUUAAGGCUAAGUAUCUCUAUUAUGAUUAUUGUCAAGACAAAAGAAGUGCCUAUAAGGAAUGUCAACUUAAUUAGUCAUUCAUUAUCUACUUG